AUGGCGGCCACUGCUGCCGCAACAUCCAAGACCAGUGGUGGCGAAUCGGGCGGCGGCGAACCUUUGCCGUCGAAGGGCGCCAUCGGAACGCAGGAUGGUGGUAAGGGUGAUGAUGCUGGAGCACCAUCACCACCAAUCCCUACGGGUUCAUCAACGUCAUCAUCAUCUACGCUUCUUUUUGGACGCUAUCGGCAAGAGCAGCAGAGAAACGGUGCCGCCAUUCCCCCCGAUUCAGUAAAGCCGGCUGCUGCAGCGGCUACCAAAAGUAACACCAACAGCAACACGCAACCCUCGGCAACGAUGGGGUGGCCUGGCAAACGCGCCCAGCCUGAAGGAAAGGAAAACACGUCCGUUCCGGAUCGUUCAUCGAAUGGCAUUCGCUCGGGAGAUGGAAUAAAACCAGCAGCAACAACAUCAUCAACUAGUGCCUCAACCAGAGAGCAGCAACAGUCCCGUUCUUCUGCUCCUACAUCGUCGUCCUCCUCGUCCACCGCGUCCGCAUCGUCGACAAGUGCGCGCGGGAGUUGA